CAACACAAUGAGGUUCCGAGCACUUCGAUUAAGACUCGCAGCAAAUGGAAGCCCCAGCAAGUACCACAUCCAACGACGACCUGCCACUCUGCAUAUGCGAGCAUCAUGCCAGACCGAAAAGCCCAGAAGCCAACGCUUCUAGCAGAGCUUGAAUACCUGCUUGGAUUCUCGCUCGAUGGUCCAUUGAAAAACAAACCGGAAGAACCCUUUCUUUGCUUUGGCAUUGCCACAAGCCGCAAGGAGCGCUGCGGUAACACAAUCGGCAAGGGGAGAAGAAAGAAGAUUCACGAGUUCCUCGUCAAGGUCGACAAAGCUGGUGAUCACUGGCAGGUUGAAGAGUGGAUCGAUCGUAUCAAAUGGCUGAUAGAAGCGGCGUGCUGUUCUGGCCACGAUCACAGCGGGCCGUUAAAGACGAGACUCUACACAUGGAUGGAGAUGCAGAUGAGCGGGCACAGUACGCAAGGAGACGAAUACGACAGCAGUACGGAUGACGACGACGAGGAUGUUGACGCUGAAGAGGCUGUCGAGAUGGACGAGGAUGACGAGCGUCACAAGCCUGUUAACGAGCUAAAAGAUGCUCAAACUAUCAUGGGAAAAGCACAGACCGAAUAUAUCAAGAAGACGAGUCGCCUAGGUGUGGCAGGUCCAGAUAUGCAUCGAGACAACAAGGAAGAGUGCUCUCGUCCAGUCUUCCCCGCACCACCUGAGGAGAUCGCCUUGUCCAUCGUCGACGCUGGCGUAGCGAGUCUCUCGCUCAUGUCUGAGAACCCUCGUUCACCGAGUCGACAAUUACGCGAAGAGACCACGGUGUCUGACCUGGCGACCCAGACGGAGUCUCCCAGCUUGGUGUCUUCCACGAGCUACAGCACCAUCCUUACAAGCUCACCAGUGUCUGAGAUCACAGUCACCACGGCAAUGACAACGCCAGAAGCCGAAGUUUCACUGCCCAAAUUGGCACGUCUAUCUUCUCCGAGCUACGAAUCUCUGCCGGAGGUUGGUCUUGGCCUAGAAGAACGGCUCGCAGCAUUGAUCGAGCAGCACGACAGUGCUAGUCAGACACUUCGGCAGAACAACAAGAGCACAACCGAAAGGGAGCAAGAAAGGGCCGAUCGCCUUGUACGCCUCUCCCUUCUCAAGACGGACGCUGACCGACUACUGUGGAUCGCCAUUGAAGCCCGUCCCGAUGAGGCUGAUCUGGUAGAGGGCUUCUUGUACAUAUGCAAGCACAACACUCUGGACGAUGUAUAUCACAUUGGCUGGACACGUGGCGUCGCCCAUAUUGAUGGAGUCGCAACCACGAGCGACGAGGCAGGGCAUUAUGCCCAGCAGAGUACCAUCUUGUGGCAAAGCGAUGACAGGUUAAGGGGCGCGUCGCGAGCCAAGAAGAUUGCGAUGGCCAUGCUCAAGGGAUACAGUCCACAGCAGACAGUGUCCUGUAACAUCCCCUGUUGCGCUAGAAAUCACUGCGAAUGGUUCCAGUGCAGUAUUGAGACUGUCCACGAGGCCAUUGACAUGGCAUUGUUCUAUAUCAGCCGGGCCUACGAUGAGCGCGGCAUGCUUAACGACACGGGCAUCGUCAUGACGGAAACCUACUUUCGAGCGCCAAAAGUCGGAGCUUCUGCUUCUCAUAGCGCCAACGAAGAUCGGCAAGGGCUAUCUCAAAAAGCCGCUGUGAUAGGGCCUACGUUCGACAAGAUCCUGUCGAACGUGGAUCAGGAACAUCACGAGGUCUUGCCGGAACAGAGGUCGAUCCGAGUCCGGGAUCUGAUCAAAACGUUCGCGGGAGACACACUUUCAAAGGCGGAGGACAAGUUCUCUAGGACAAAGGCCAGCUUCCACCGGCGUCGAAGUGGUGGGGACCAACAUAUGGACGCGGAUAACACGAUGCUCUCGAUCGACAGUGCUUUGUCAAAUACUGACGCAACCCCAACAAGUCCCCCUUCAAAGAGUAGUGCAUCAAGCAAAACGCACAGACUGCGUUCUUUUGCCAGCAGGCGCUUCCCAAGAGCGAGCAACGAGACUCUACAUUGAGAAGCCAUGGUGGCCAUGCCACAAGCUUGAUAGGAGACAUAACCCUCCUUCUAGUUUUCAACGAGUUACUGCUAGUCACUCGCUUUUUUGACUUCUCAAUGCCGCCGCCCUCGCCCCCUUGCGGCAUUUUGAAUCAGGAAGAAGUGGGCUUUAUCAAAGGCAUCGGAUCCGCGGUAUUUUGAACAGGGUCCUGUGAACUAUUGUGGCUGGAAAUCUCAUGAGUAACUAGAGUUGUUAGCUGAAUAUGAGACGUGGCUAAUACAGAUGUGCUUUGACACGUUGUCCUCGUGAAAGUCUCCCUCUCGCCAAUGACUUCGAUA